CCAAAGUGCACUAUUACAAACGCUACUCAGGCUGCACAAGAUGACCUCAGUGAUAGCUGAGACAGAAUAAGCUGCAUUUGUGUGCCUCGCUCUUCAGCCUGUUGCCUGCUUUUUUGUUCAAAAGGGAGACUUUUUUGCCUUGCUUCUUUUUGUGCUGCAAACCAACUUUUGACAGUCAGCAUUUAGCAGGUUCGUACUGUCACUCUAUAGAUUUGGCUCACUAUGACUGCAGACAUUUGGGACGUUGUUGUUGUGGGCGCCGGGCUGUCCGGGCUCAGUGCAGCUCAUCUGCUCCUGAAGAAGAAUCCCAAACUGAGAAUCCUGAUCCUGGAAGGAAAAGAUCGAGUGGGAGGUCGCACAGUUUCCUAUGAAAUACCUGCGGCGGACGGCGCUGAUCGCUGGGACUUUGGAGGCCAGUGGGUCGGCAGAACUCAAAAACAUCUCUUGGAGCUCAUAAAAGAACUGGGCUUAGAGGUCUAUCCCCAGUUUAACGAUGGUAAGAAGGUGCUUCAUGUUGGCGGUCCGGAUUCCAAAGUGCGUUCGUACAAAACCAGCAUCCCUGCUCUGACGCCACUGGUGCUUCUGGAUCUGAGUCAGCUGCUGCGGAAGAUUGAAAGGCUGCGCGGAUCAGUGUGUGUCCAGGAUCCCUCUAAGACUCCCAACGCAGAGGAGCUUGACAGCAUGACUCUCCACACAUACAUCGAGCGAAAUGCAUGGACCACAGAAUUAAAAGAGCAAAUUGGAGUGAUCAGCAGAUCUGUCUUUGGCAUCGAGCCAGCCCAGAUGUCCUUCCUUUUCUUCCUCACGUAUGCUGCAGCAGCUGGAGGACUGCUGGCGCUUCUGGAGAGCACUCCCGGUUGUGCUCAGGAGCUCAAAAUAAAGGGAGGCACCCAGCAGCUUUCGGAGUGUCUGGCAGAACGUGUCGGGUGGAAGAAUGUCCGGCUGGGCUCGGCUGUGACGGCCAUAUGGCAGGAUGCAGAAUGGGCCAAAGUGAUGACAUCCAGCGACACCUUCCUGUGCAAGGCCGUGAUCGUCACUUGCCCCCCUCAUUUGGCAGCAAAGAUCCACUACCAGCCAGCGCUGCCCAGUAUGAGAGAGUUCCUCACCCAGAACAUGCCUGUGGGUCACAUGAUGAAGUUUAUUAUCACAUACCAGACGGCAUUCUGGAAGGAGAAAGGCUUCUCUGGGGAAAUUGUGGCGGGAAGCUCCACCGACUGUCCAUUCUGUGUCACCUUUGACGCCACCAGCCCCCGUGGUAAUGCAGCCCUCGUGGGCUUCAUUGCAGGUCAGCAGGCUUCCCACUGGAGCACUAAAGAGGUUGAACAAAGAAAAGAUGCUGUGAUUUCCAGUCUGGUCAGAUAUCUGGGUCCUGAGGCUGCAUCUUUCAUCCAUUAUGAGGAAAAAGACUGGGCUCAGGAGGAAUACAGUGGAGGUUGCCCUGUAAAUGUGAUGGCACCAGGUCUACUGAUGUACUAUCACCCCAGUCUGAGGAAGCCCUGUGGCAGGAUCUUCUGGGCAGGAACAGAGACAGCCACGCAGUGGUGUGGGUACAUGAGUGGUGCGGUUCAGGCUGGUCAGCGAGCAGCUCUGGAAGUCCUGACUGAACUCUGGCAAGUGGAUUUAACCGCAGAGGAGAUGGAAGCUCUGCAGCACAGUCACAGCGUCAAGAGCUCGACAAACCAAGUCCCGACAUCCAAAUUCAGUUUUCUGCUCUCGGGAAAAUCUGCAGUUAUUGCUGCGCUCACAAUAAGUGCUGUUCUGCUCCUGACUCAGCGUCAGAGUGCUUUCACUAAGAUAAGCAAUAGCUUGACAAAUAUUCUGUCACAGAGAAAAAUAUAAUUCAACAAAAUCUCUAAACGGAUUCCAUUUCCUCGAAUCCCCGGCGUUUUUUCUUGUUAAAAUCACCAAGGUUCUCUUUGAUUUUCUUCUUUUUAUAAAGUAAAAAAGCUCUUUCAGAUUGCUCAGGCUAAAAGUUUUGGCUUUACAGAGUUCUUGUUGGGCUAAAAAUGAUUGUUAUGUUUCUUGAACACCCAUCACAUCAACUGACAAGCUUCUGAUGAGCAUAAAAUAAACAAGCCAUUUGUACAUUUGUCUAGUUUUUGCCAUUAAAGCUGGCUUCUGAGCACUUGCCUUACUCAUUUGGAGGUAUGUGUUGCUGCUUUCCUUGUUGCCUGUUCCAAGUUGCCAUUUACCAGUGGAAUUCCAAGGUCCUUGUAACUGUUCUCAGUGUCCUUUUCCUUGUCACCGUCCGACUGCAUUUCUCAAGUCUGAAUGACAUACAGUGGGGCAAAUAAGUAUUUGAACCCUCUGUGAAAAUCACACUAUGAUUUAUUUCUAUGCUACUGCUGCAAAUAGAAUUUGAACACCUGUCUAUCAGCUAGAAUUCUGACCCUCAGAGAUCUGUUAGUCCACCUUUAAAUGGUCCACCUCCACUCCACCUGUUUGAAGUGCACAAAGAAACCUGUUCAUCCCGUGCAAUCAGUAAGACUCCAACUACUAACAUGGCCAAGACCAAAGAGCUGUCCAAAGACAUCGGAGACUACAUUUUAGACCUCUACAAACCUGGAAAGACCUACGGGGAUAUGACCAAGCAACUUGGUGAAAAAAGAUCCACUGUUGGAGCAAUUAUUAGAAAAUAGAAGAAGCUAUGACUGUCGAUCUGUCAAGAUUUCACCUCGUGGGGUCUCAAUGAUCUGAAAGAAAGGUGAGGACCUGUCUUUAGUUUGCCAACGACCAUUUGGAUGAUACAGAGGAAUCAUGGGAGAAAGUCAUGUGGUCAGACGAGACCAAAAUAUAACUUUUUGAUCUUAAUUCAUUCACUCAUUGGUUUGGAGGAAGAAGAAUGAUGUGAACCCCCCUAAGAACACCAUCCCUACUGUGAAGCAGCAUGGGGUGGUAGUAUCAUGGUAUGGGGAUGUUUCUCUGCACAUAGAACAGGACAACUGCCCUGUAUUAAGGGUAGGAUGACCCCCCGGAUGGUGAGAUUCUGAGGAGCAACCCCCUACCCUCAGUUAGAGCAUUGAAGUUGGGUCAUGGCUGGGUCUUCCAACAUGACAAUGAACCCACACCCAGGAGAACCAAGGGGUGGCUCUGGAAGAAGGAUAUCAAGGUUCUAGAGUGGCCUAACCAUUCUCCAAACCUAAACCCAGUACAAAAUCUUUAGAGGGAGCUCAAAAAUCUGUUUCUCUGAAGAAACCUCGGGGAUCUAGAGAAGAUCUGUGUGGUGGAGUGGGCCAAAAUCCCCCCCUGCUGUGUGUGCAAACCUGUUGAAAAACUACAGGAAAUGUUUGACCUGUAAAAUCACAAACAAAGGCUACUGUACCAAAUAUUACCAUAGAUUUACUCAGGUGUUCAAAUAAUUAUUUGCAACAGUAAUUUCCUUUUUUUUAAACAUACAAAUUGUUUCUUGAUAUUUAUUUUAGAUUCUGUUUCUCACAGUGGGCAUGCACCUAUAUGAAUGCUUCCUACUCCUCCAUGAUUUCUGGGCUAUUCAAAUAAUUAUUUGUCUCACUGCAUCUGCUUUUAUCAAAGCCAUUUAAAACUGCUAGAUAUAUUUAGUAUCUUUAAAGUUAAAUGCAACUGUUUUUUAACCCAGUUCUAAUGAGUAAUUGUUCAGCUGAAGAUCUCGUUCUCUGAACAAGUUAAUUAAGAAAUGAGAAAAUAGUCUAAUCCAUCUGGCUGUCUCAUUUCAACCCCACCAUGGGUACAAAGAAGAAUGAAGAAUUAAUUUGUGUUCAUUUAAAGCCCACAUGUGAAAAACUCCUUUUUUUGUGUUAAAUUAUAUUUUUCAUCAUCAUGUGCAGCCCAAUACAAAUUACAAUCACUAAUUGCAUUGUAAUUUUUUCAUUAAAAAAUCUAAGAAGAAAAAAAAACUUUUUAUUACAAAUUAUUAAGAUGACUUGACUUUUUUUUCCAAAAUCUAAAAUACAUAUGUCGUCCACCUUUGAGUGCCAAAUAAUGUUGCAUUUUUGAGACGAACAGGAAACAGUGAAAGUACAAUAUGACAAAUUAAUUCUGCUUGUGUUUUUCUUCGUUUCACUUAAGAAUCAGAGAGCAGUCGAAGCAGUGAUGAAGUGGUCUUCGCCCAGAGUCACUAACGUUCAUUAGGAAUUCAGAAGGAAAAUUGCUUUGAUGCUCUGAAGAUUAGGAAACACAGUCAUACAUUUUUAAGGCUGCGACAGUUACCAGGCCCAAAAAACAAAAACAAAAAGAUGCAUUUUUAGUUUUUUUUUUUUUUCAUUGAAGUUGUGUUUAUUCUGAAAGCUACAAAAAUAGUGUUUUUUUUUUGUCUCAUUUUCAGUAAAGGAUCUCUUGUAAAAGUUGAAUCAUGCUGCUGUAAUUACUGUGGCCUCUGUUUACACCUGCCGAAACACUUGCACUUCAGCUGGUGUUUGCCUUCAGGCAACAGUUCUGGCUUAAUAAUUCAUUAUUUCCAGUGUAAUUUGUGCUUUUGACCAUAAACAACUCUUUUCACAGAACUCCACCACAGCCUGUUUCAUAGAGGCACAUGAGACUUUAUCAUAUUAUUUAAAACUUUCGACAGUGUUUUAAAAUAUACAUAAGCAUGGUUUAAAAAAAUCAACCAUUUAAAAAGUUAUGUUGUGUUAAUACAAAAAAAAA